CAGAACAAUCAUGGAAGUUACAUCUUUACCCAAAAUAUGAGAAGUAAUAAACUACGUAAUCUCUAAAAAUUCGACAUGGGUUUUUAUAUGUGAAAUCUAACACGUUUUUCCGAGUUGGUGAGCGCAAUGGGUCCAUCAGGAGAUAAAAUUAGCCCAGAACUGAAGGAUCUGGUCGCAGACACUCGAGAAAAACCUGAAAACAAGGUUAACGACGUGCUUUCAAAAUUAAAAGAUCUUGUAGGCAGGAAGUCUUUAGGAGAUCAGAGGGAUCUGGAGGCAUGCAAACAGAGUCUUUACUCUCAUGGUGUGCUGCAGUACUGCUCCUCUUCCCUGAGAUUCAGUCCAGCCAAGAUCCACGGAGGCUAUGCGGUUCUGACACAGAUGGCAGACCUCCUCAGCACAUGCUGUGUGGGUCUGGGUGCUUUCAGAGACAUGGAUGUGUUUAGUCACGAUUUUCUGCCUUCUGUGGUGGAAAGCCUUCUUUUUCUUGCAGACCGUCUAAUGAACAGAGCUUUGCGGGACAAGGCACAUAAUGAGAUCAUUCGUUUUUUUAGAAAAGUCUUUGAUUCGAUUGGCUGGCUCCUCAGGGCUCAUACACAUCUCAUUCAUCGUGUCCUGAGAUCUAAACAUUAUGAGAACAUCCAAAUCUGUGAAGAUGACGACGUCUCCAUUGUUACUGUCACCAUGUGGAACAGUAUCUUCAGGGCAAACGGAGCUGUUGUAGCUGAAAUGGGAAACAGGGCUCUGACUGAAAUCAUGGAUGAUAUUGUGUAUAAAAUGUCCAGUUGCUCGAAUCCUGUGAUUGGCAGAGCAGCUGUAAAGACCCUUGUUCUGAUUAUGGACCACAGCAGCUCAACCCAUCAGCUCAUUCACAGGCGAUACAGAGGUUUGGCUGAUUUGGCUGUGAAAGACUGGCGUGGUAAAGGCUUUGACUCUGUACUGGAUCAGCUUAUUGAUCACUUGCGGUCAGACGUCCCAUGGAGAGACACUAAGGAGUCAUCUGAGGAGUAUGUGCGAGCAGCUUGUAUUGUCCAGGCAGCCUGGAGAGCCCAUCAGACCCGAAAAAGACUUAAGAAACUCCCCAGAGCGGCCAGCGCAAUACAGCGCAGCUUCAGGGAUAAGCGCAGGCGACAACAGGAACACACCGAGAGGCAACGCGCAGAAGAAGAAUUACGUCAUCAAGUGUGUCUGCGAAGACAGAGAGCCAUGAGACAGUUCCGCCAACACCAGCUUCAUCUGAUGGAGAUACUACCAGCUGCCCAGAUAGAGAGAUACCUGGGGGAGCUGGAGAACAAGGCAGCCGUGCUGAUUCAGAGAGUAUGGAGAGGACACAGAGAGAGACGCAGCUUCCAGCAGCACAGAUACAUUCUCAGACAGCACAGAGCUGCUGUCACUCUACAGAGAGCCAUUCUGCAGUUUUUAAAACGUCGUAGAGCACAAAGAAGUAUUCUCACGCCGUUAAAAGGACCCAAAGGACUGACUGACAGCAGAAGAACGGAGCUCAGGCAACACAUACAGGAGCACAUCUCUCUACAUCCUUCAUCAGUGAAGUCAGCAGAGGGGAGUGUGGAGCUCCAUCAGAGAGCACAGAGUCUCCUGCACCAGCACCUGAUCCACAGAGUGUCUGAUCGAGCACGGGAGCAGCACAAUCAGGCUCUACUUGUGCAGAUCAACACAGACGUGGAGCUUUUACUAAAUGCGCCGUCGCUGAAGGAUGCCAGAGCGGAGGAUGUGAAUCUGUUCCUGAGCCGCUCCUGCCCUGUGGCCACACGCGCCCGUCAAUCCCACAAUGCCUUGAUGCAGAGCAUGCGUCUCCCGUGGUGGAGGAUGCUUGGAGAGGAGUCCUCCAGCCCAGAGGAGCCUCCCAGGAAAGACUAUGACAUGGACAUUGAGUCACUGUAUCUAGGCGGCAACUAACAGAUGAUGAAACCCAGACUUUAUUUGCAAUAUAUUGUUCAUAUCAAUAUGAAAGAACGGUACAUUUGAACAGAUUUUAUGGCAAGUUAAGGCUUCCAAAGUGAUUUCAGAGCAAUAUGAUUACAAAUAACAGAACAAAUACAGUGAAGCUUGAGUCCUUUAGCUACAUUAAUACGAAAACAUUCUUUAAUGUCCAGAGACAGAAACAGAAUGUUUGAUAUUUUAAAAGUGUCUCAUUAAAGGAACAGUUCACCCAAAAAAGUCAAAAUUCCGUUACUUACUCUACAUCAUGUUAUACGAAGUUCUGUAUGACUUGCUUUUUUUCUGCAAAAAACAAAAGAAGAUUUUUUUGAAAGACUUUUGGUACACCAUUGGAUGAAAAAAAAAAGACUUUUCCAUAAAAUUUAGAAUGACUUGAGGGUAAGUACAUUAAAUUUUUUUGGGUGAACUGUCCUUUAAAAAACAGCAAAACAAUACAAGUCUUGUACAUAAGUUCUUGUCUUUUUUUAUUUAUUAUUAAACAUGUCAGGUACAUAGUGCACUAGCAGUCAGGUUCAAGACUAUUGUAGUCACCUUUUUCACAUCAUAUAAAGUGCUAGUUAUUUUUAUUUAUUUAGUUAUUUCUUAGGUCUUUGGGGUCGUAUAUCAGCUGUGGUGGAAUUUGGUUGUUUUUUAAUCCAGGUACUCUAAUUAAUGUUUUAUAUUUUCAACAUUUUUAAAGGCUUAAAAUACAAUAUGUCAUCGCAGACCAAAAAUAAGUACUAAUAUGAAAAUAUAAGAGAAAUGGAAAACGAAAAUAUAAGAGAACAAUGGAUUAAGAAAAUAAAAUUCAGAACAUUUU